AUGUGGAAAUGCAUUAACGUCUUUAUUCUUCUUUUUCUUCUUGAAAAAUGUGCUUUAACAUAUCAUUUUCUAAUAUCAAGUGAAACAGAAUUAAUACUUGUUCCCUCGGUCGCUUUUCGUUAUCAUUCACCUACUAUGGAAUUAACAGCACUUGCUCAACCUUCAGAUGAUUGGAUACUUUAUGCUCAAGGCUGGCUUUUUCGAGAAAAUCCAUUUCGUUCAAUACUUGCUACAUCUGCUCUUUCAACAGCUGUUGGUGAUGCAGAAGAAAAACGUGUAUCUUAUUUUACAGCAAGUGGCAAACGAAAUACACCAUUAUGUAUUGAGGGUUUGAAACGUGAAAUGUGCGCAAAAACUGAUAAAGAUGGUUUAAUUAUAAAACAAUUUAAACUAUCAAACGAUGAUAUUGAACAAUUUCGUAUUCCAGGUGGAAGUGGAGGAAAAGUAGAAUAUUCAGCAUCAACAUUCGAUAAAACAAUUCAAACAAGAGGUGAAAUUUUUUUAUGUGACGAUAAUGGAAUCUCAAUAAUUAGUGACAUUGAUGAUACAGUUAAAAUAACUGGUGUAACAAGUAUUCGUUCUAUACUUCGAAAUACAUUUUCUGGUGAAUAUAGAGCAGUAUCGGGCAUGUCUGAACGUUAUCGUCAUUAUGAAUCAUUAUAUAAUGCAACAUUUCAUUAUUUAACGGCUUCACCCGAUCAGUUAUAUCCAUUUUUACGUGAAUUUUUUGAACGUGAACAAUUUCCAUUAGGUUCAUAUCAUAUGCGACAUUUUACAUGGUUGGAUUCGAAUUUUUUUCAAUUUUUCUCUUCGAAAUCGUUCAUAAAACAAAAAACAAAAAUUUUAUAUAUGUUUUUUCAAGAAACACGAUCAAGACAAUUUAUAUUAUUUGGUGAUGUUUUUCAAAAAGAUCCAGAAAUUUAUGCAAAUAUUUAUGAAAAAUAUCCCGACAGAAUUCUAAAAAUAUUUAUACGUGUAGCAAAGAAAAACAAAUCCAAUCGAUUAAAUAAAGUAUUUAAAAAUAUACCGAAAAAUAAAUGGGCUACUUUUGUUGAUGGUUAUGAUUUACCUGAAACAAUUUUUUAA